UAAUGUCGGGAUGCCUGUUAUUCAGGGUCAGCAAUUGCAGUAUUCUCAACAAAUGCAACAGUUGCCUCCAAGACAAAUUCAGCCCGGCCAUCCCGUUUCUUCACCACAGGGUAUACCUAUGCCAUAUAUUCAAACAAACAGGCCUUUGACAUCUGUACCACAACAUGCACAGCAAGUUGUUCCCCACCUAAACAAUCAUAUGCCUGGUUUGGUUGUUUCAGGAGCACCUCCUCAAUCUUCAUAUACUUUCACACCAUCUUAUGGCCAACAGCAAGACGAUGCUAAUGCGUUGCCCCAAUACCACCAUCCACCUUAAAUGCUUGCAUCUCCUGCUGGUCAACCUUGGCUGUCCUCAGUACCUCAGAGUGCUGCAGCGGUUACAUCAGUACAGCAGGCUGGAGCUCAAUCAUCUGGUACUGCGUCAAGUGAUACUGCAGCUAAUACCACUAACCCGAAUUCUGCAUCUGAUUGGGCAGAGCAUGCUGCUGGUGAUGGGAGAAGAUACUACUACAACAAGACUACAAGGCAAUCUAGUUGGAAAAAACCUUUGGAGUUGAUGUCACCUCUUGAGAGGGCUGAUGCAUCAACUUUCUGGAAAGAGUUCACUGCUUCAGAUGGAGGAAAGUAUUACUUCAAUAAGAUUACUCAGCAAUCAACGUGGACAAUACCAGAAGAACUCAAGUUGGCUCGUGAGCAAGCACAAAAAACUAUUAGCCAGGGAAUGGUGUCAAAUGCAAGUGAUACAUCCAAUGUUACUGCUGCUAUCGCGGUUUUCACAAUCCUAGUUCUUCUCCUGCUUCGGUUUUUUAAGCGCAGCAAGCCUAACACCAUUAUGUUGACAGGACUCAGUGGGAGAGGCAAAAUCAAACCAAAGCUCACCAAUUUGACUGCAGUAAAAAAAAGUAGGGUUAAUUACCAAGCGUUAAAAUUUCAGAAAAAAUCCCAAAUUGGUAUUGAGACGAAGUUAGGACGAAAAGUGUGUAGCUAA